GGAGAAACAGGAAAGUGGAGCUGAACAAGUGUGAAGCCUGAGAAGGUGAAGAGGUUGUGUGGAGAUUCUACAACUUGUAUUUUGCAGUGUAAUGGAGUAGCAAGCCACAGGAAAAGCUUUAAAUUCAACUUUGCAAGCUGGAAAUGAAGCAAAUGAUAUAGCGAAGUCUAUAUGACGUAAUUGGAUUGAAAAUUACAACCUGUCAUGGUCUCUGCGCCUGGCAGAGUACAGAUAUACAAUGAUCGCUACUACUGGUUCCAGUGGACUUUAUAAAGCUCCGUUAUCCAAAGGCCUUCUCCUUAUCCCAGGUGCUCUCUCAGUUUUACUUGCACUCCUGUUUCAGCAGCAGCAGCAAGCAUUCUUUGUAUAUGAUGUACAAGCAAUAAAAGACAGUUUUCAUAUAUGGAGACUAUUCUUUGGGAGAAUCAUAUGUCUGGAUCUGAAGGAUACUUUUUGUAGCAGUUUACUUGUAUAUAAUUUUAGAACAUUAGAGAGACGUUUUGGCACGCGAAAAUUUACGUCAUAUUUAUUAUGGUCGUGGAUACUCUCCGCAGUUUUAGAUCUUCUCCUUGUUGAAGCUGUACAAGUUGUGACUGGUCUAAGCCUCAGCACUUUACCAUCAGGAUUUUUAGCUCCGGUGUUUGCUCUGUUUGUUCCAUUUUAUUGUUCUGUGCCACAAGUAUCCUUGGCUCAUAUAUUUGGGUGGUUUCCGAUCACAAACAAAACAUUAGUAUACAUCGUGGGAUUACAGCUUUUGACCUCAAGUCCAUACAUGCUGGUGGUUGCAGUAAGUGGGCUGAUUUCAGGAUUUUUGUACAAGAAAAAUGUCCUGAGUGUUCAGCAAGUUGUAUACAUCCCUAACAGGGUAGCAGAAAUCUUCUCCCGUACUGUAGAGCCAAUAUUCUCAUCUGCUGAGCCUGUCAGUGAAGCCAGUGUUGGGAUGGGAGCAACUGUGGAUAUACAGAGGCAGCAGAGGAUAGAGCUGCUGGACCAGCAAAUAAUGCUUUCCCAAAUUUCCCAGGUGGGAAGACGACGACAAGAGCAGGGAGGGAUGUUUGUUUGGAAUCGCUUAUUUCAACCAUUACGGCAACGACACACGGUGAAUCAAGCAGAACCACAGGCACCUCCUCCUCCAGCUCCUGAGGAACAGGUUGCACAACUGAUGGAGAUGGGAUUCUCCAGAGCUGAUGUCUUAACUGCACUAAGGGCUUCAAACAAUGAUGUCAACUCGGCUACCAACUUUUUAUUACAGCGGUGAUAUUCAGGGAAAUUUGCAAUAUUAUUUUCUGCUCAUGUUCUAUCCAAAGAUCCUUUUUUAUAUGUAUUACACUUGAACAAAGUGUUUGCUGUAUUUUUACACACUCUGCAAGCCUACUAC